CAUAUAAUAGGGAGAGAAUAGUAUAUUUUUCUGUAUAGUAAAAUCAUGCAAUACGUUUCACAUUAUUUACCUUUAAUUAUUGUACUUCGUAAAUAUCUAAGGAUCGGUUUCUACGAAGAAAAAAUGUGUGACAGGACUGUAUGUAUAUACACACAAUGCAUGUCUGUAAUGAAGAAUAUAUGAUUUAUAACAGUGUAGAAAAUAAAGAUUGUCAUAACAUGAAGCUGUAAAUAAAAGAACAUUAAAAAUGGCUUUACAUCAUUUUUUACAACUAUUGAUGGCAGAUGGAAUAGAAACAAAUGGAAAUGCUCUGUAUGACAAUAUGCAAAAAGCGAUUUUGCAAUUGCCCACGGAAAUACAAAUGGAAUUAAUAAAUGAUAGACAGAAGUAUGACUUAAGGUCUGAUUAUUUACAUGCAUUAUUAUUUGUAUUAAAAGAAUUGCCGAAAAGUCUUGCAUGUAGUGAUACAUUCUUAACUGUAAAUCAAUUUCAAAAAAUAAAAUCGGCAGUCGAGGUGAUAUCAGAUAUUGGAAUUACUCCUUGCCUGUUACCUGGCGUUGGAAUAAACUUGAAGAAAGUAGAUUCUCAAAAUAAUGGAGGUCUUCAGAAGUCUCUGACAGAAUUUCAGAAAUAUACGCAAUUGUCGCAUUGUAUCAAUAUUCUUGUGGAUUGUUACAAAGAAGUUGCACUGCGCCCAGCUCUGAUAAAUGAAAUUGGAUCCAUAAUUGCAGCUUUGUUACAAUUAUCACACGUUCCAUUAAUGAAACCUAUACCAGAUGAUAAAUUGAUUGACCAGGCAGAUAAACAAGAUGUACAAUUUAAGAUGACAUUUGCCCUGUAUAAACAAUUAAUGAAUGAUCAGAAAGAAUUUAGUAGCAAAUUACAGUACAUCAUUGAUGAAUGUCCAAAAUCUGUAAUUAUGAAAUAUAUGCUGAUAAUUCUAGGUUUACCCAAUGCACCUAAUUGGCUUCGUAAACACACAAGGAAGUAUUUAAUUGAACAAAUAAUGCAACCUAAUGGAGUAAUGUCUUUAAUGCUGGCAAUGUGUGAAGAUACUUUGGAUAUUGGUACACACUGGGAUAAAAUAGAUACUGCGGCAAAAUUAAUCACAAUUCCACAUACCAGUUACUCCAAUAGCUACUAUGAUUCCAUAUGCCCACAGCUAAUUGAUAUUUUAUCAUCAAGAAAUAUUCAACAUGGACCAACUAUAGCAAAUUGCUGUUUUACAGCAUUGUAUGAUUAUAAUCCUGAUAUUUGCAAAGAAAAAAUCGUUCGUGUCAUAUGUGCUCCUCUCUUGGUAGAAAAACCAAAUAUUGAUGGUUCCAGUGUAGAAGAAAAGGAAUGUGAACUAACUAAAUGCAUAGAGAAUCUUUCAAAUUGUUUCGUGUCUACUGAAGCUAAGUUUAAGCAACUGCCUUGCACAGUUAUUGCAGAAGUGGCGGUUCCAUUAUUUUAUUUAUAUACUGUAGCCCGUCGUGGAGUUUCCGUGUUAAAGAAGAAAGUUGGGGAACUUCUACUUCAUUUGCUUCAAGAAAAGGAACUGCGAGAAAAUAUUUUUUCCGUGUUCCUAGACCAUGAUAACAUAAAAUGUUCAUACAAUUUUGGAGAAAGGUUAUCGUUUACUUUUGGACCUUCUGGGGGAUUCAUAAUAAGUAAAGAAAAGGAGAAACCUAGCCAAGAAGAAUUAGCAGAUAGUCUUUUUGAUUUAGUACAUAUGAGUAAACCUUUAUCAUCUAGCUUAUUUAGUUAUCUACUAAAAUCACUGUCUAGUCUCACUGACAUUCGAGCAACUAAUAGUGGGAGUUGUCUUGUUGCGACUGAGCAUACAGUAUGGAAAAAAAUAACUGCUGCUAAACUCCUAUGUCAACUUGGUAAUACAUCUGCAAUACAAGAAGCACAAAUCGAAAAUCCUGAAUCAUUGCUCAUAUUUAUUAAAUCUUUAUUCCAUCAAGAGACAGAUAAUGUUAAGUCCAAACAACUAAUAGAUUCAGAGGACGAUAAUUUUGAAAUAUUAUACACCAGCUUAAUACUUGUAAAGAUUGUAUUAACUGGGACCAAGAAACCAAAAAAAUGGGAACCGUUUGAUGAUCUUGCACAGUUUCUAAAUAAUAGAUUCAAGGAAACAUCAUCGGAAGUGUCAUCUUUAAUACAGGAGGUGCUUUCACUCAUUAAACUACGAGGUCAUCCAAAACGGAAGCAUUAUGAAGAUUUAUCAGUAGAUAAUGAAAGUAUUGAUGAAUUUGAAAAAGCAUUAAAUAAUUUAGCUGAUCCAUUACUUCCCGUUCGUGGUCAUGGUUUAAUAUCGCUCACAAGGUUGAUUGAAGCAUCUAAUACUACAGCUCUAGCUAAGAAAAGUGUUCUACUAUGUUUUUUCCAAGAAAAUUUAAAACACGAUGAUUCAUUUAUAUACCUAGCAGCUGUCAAUGCUCUUACUGCACUUGCUAUGAAGUUUCCUGCAGAUGUUGUGGAGAUUCUGGUACAAGAGUUUAUUAACAUGCCUCAGCGAAAUUUGACGACUGAAGUCUCUUCUGAAAACAGAGCGAAACUUGGAGAAAUUCUCGUUAAAGUAACGAAGGGUUUAGGUGACAUGGCACCCGUAUAUAAGAACAUACUGAUAAAUGCUUUCUUGUGCAGUACUCGUGAUGAAGACCCCUUAGUGCGCUCUUCGAGCCUUUCAUGUCUUGGAGAACUUUGCAAAGUCCUAGGAUUUCGAUUGGGUCACAUGACGAUCGAGGUCUUAUAUUGCAUUGGGUGUAUAAUAAAGACUGAUAAGGCUCCAGAAUGUCGAAGGGCUGCAGUUUUGGUUGUAACACUUUUAUUCCGAGGUCUUGGAAAAGCUGUUUUGACGGAUAUUGCGAAAGAUCUAGUAGAUAUAUAUCGUGGACUGAAAAACCUGCGGGACAAUGAUAACGAUUCUGUAUUACGUCUUCACGCUCAGUUGGCCCUUGAAGAGCUUGACGAUAUUGUGCGUGAUUUCUUAUUUGCUAAACCGUUACUUGAGAAAAAAAUUGUAAUGGAACUAUCAUAAUUACUUUAUUUAAAACUGGUGAGAUCUAUCAUAUAUCACCUAUCGUACGAAAACAACUCGUCACACGUUUGCAUGUUAACGUCCUUAAAGUGGUAUGAAAUGGUCACCCCAUAUCUGAAAGGCCAACCCGUUUGUGAAAGUAUUCUCUGAAUUGGGUGUACCAAUUCAUAUCAAAUGUUACCACGUGAAUACGGAGGUCCUAAGGUAGGUUCUGGAACUUGCGAAAUUUCAUUAAAAAAAUUUUUUCUUCAUUUAUCAUUAAUUAGAACCAACGUGACAUCGACAAUGCACGUUUUUAAUGUUUUCACUGUUUGAAGGUUAGAAAAAUUAAGAGUUUCAAGACCUAGCUCAAACAAUUUAGAAUACUAUUGAAAUGGAAUAUUACAGAGUCAGGUGGGAAAAUAUAGAAAAUACUUUCACAAACAACAAUUCUUUGCAACAAUUCUUAGUCAUAGAGUGUGAAGUCGACAAGUGUACAACUUUCCUGACAUGGACCUUUUCUGGUUUUUAUUAGUGAUUCUAUGAAACAGUACCGUAAAUGUUGAACGAGUAACAGUAGAGAACAUGUUGAACUGACAUGAUAGAUUCGUCGGCUGCCAGUACGGAUCUUCAAUUAUUAUUUAUAUUUUUUCUGGGAAGUAGUUUAAAAAUUUGGUUUCGCAAGAAAAAUUAUAUUUUCGAAAGGCUGUGAUUUCAUCCAUUCAAGUUAUUUAAAGUACAUUCUGUGCAAACAAUUUUAGGUGCGAAAUUUCCCCACUUCCAGCAGAGUGCGAAGACAGAAAAAUAUGUACUAUUCCUCCUUAAAGAAUAACUAUGUAUUUAGAAUUCUUUAAAAAAACCGGUGUACCCACUAAUGUAGUAAAAACUGUUUUAUUUCAGAUAGAAAUUUUCUUAAUUCAAAAUUAUUUAAGAAAAAGUAAUUCAUAAGGCCGAUUUAUUAACUAUCCACAAAGACCAUCACCUGAACAUAUUGAUUAAUAUAAUAAUAUGUAUUUUUUAAAACUAUUUUGAAAUAUAAAAUGUUAAGACCUUUCAA